GGGACAAAAGGCGAGAUGACGCUUUGCUGUCCUCGGACCUUUGUCAAGAGAAAGCUCUCUUAAUUUGAUUUUUGUCCGGACUAAAGCAGAUCAGAGAAGAACUUUUCCCUGGGCUCGGCCUGGGGCAGCAGGAAGAAGGAAGGGAGCGCUGGGCUGUGUGGGAGCAGGGUGUCUGCACCCGCUGGACACCAUGCUGCGUUGGUGUUGACUGACACCCGAAGGGUGAGCAGGCGGACCCGCAGACCAAGGAGAGAGGGAGGCAGAAGCCCCUCUUCGCGUGUCUCCACCAGGUCCACCGGGCACCAUGGGCAGCCUCUGCCGGAGGCUCCUGGCUCACUUGCAGCCCUGUCUACCCUGCUUGCACCUGGAGGCCGACAAACCGCCCGUGGUCAUUAAGAACCCAGGGGCGCGCUCCCCUGCCACCGCACCCAGGGCUCAGAAGCAGGAACCCGAGGGGGAUCGUGGACACUACUUCGUGGCUCUGUUCGACUACCAAGCUCGGACCGCCGAGGACCUGAGCUUCCGUGCAGGGGACAAGCUCCAAAUCCUGGACACUUCUCACGAGGGCUGGUGGUUUGCGAGACACUUGGAGAAAAGAGGCGAUGGCUCAGGCCAGUCAGUCCAGGGCUAUAUUCCUUCCAACUACGUCGCUGAGGACAGGAGCCUACAGGCAGAGCCGUGGUUCUUUGGAGCAAUCAAAAGAGCAGAUGCUGAAACACAAUUAUUAUAUUCAGAAAAUCGGACAGGUGCCUUUCUUAUCAGAGAAAGCGAAAGCCAAAAAGGAGCUUUCUCCCUUUCAGUUUUAGAUGAAGGAGUUGUAAAACACUACAGAAUCAAAAGACUGGAUGAAGGAGGCUUUUUCCUUACCCGAAGAAGAACCUUUGCGACAUUGAAUGAAUUUGUGAGCCACUACACCAAGACUAGUGACGGCCUGUGUGUCAAACUGGGAAACCCAUGCUUAAAGGUGCAAAUCCCAACCACUUUUGAUUUGUCCUAUAAAACCGUGGACCAGUGGGAGAUAGACCGUAACUCUGUGCAGCUUCUGAAGCGACUGGGAUCCGGUCAGUUUGGUGAAGUGUGGGAAGGUCUAUGGAACAAUACCACUCCAGUAGCAGUCAAAACGUUAAAACCAGGUUCAAUGGAUCCAAAUGACUUCCUGAGGGAGGCGCAGAUAAUGAAGAAUCUGAGACAUCCAAAGCUUAUCCAGCUUUAUGCUGUUUGCACUUUAGAAGAUCCAAUUUAUAUUAUUACAGAGUUGAUGAGACAUGGAAGUCUGCAAGAAUAUCUCCAAAAUGACGCUGGAUCAAAAAUCCAACUGGAUAAACAAGUAGACAUGGCAGCACAAGUUGCCUCUGGAAUGGCUUACCUAGAGUCGCAGAACUACAUCCACAGAGAUCUGGCUGCCAGAAAUGUCCUCGUCGGUGAACACAAUAUUUACAAAGUUGCAGAUUUUGGACUUGCAAGAGUUUUCAAGGUAGAUAAUGAAGACAUCUAUGAACCUACACAUGAAAUAAAGCUGCCGGUGAAGUGGACCGCACCGGAAGCCAUCCGCUCUCAUAAGUUCAGCAUUAAGUCUGAUGUGUGGUCAUUUGGAAUCCUUCUUUAUGAAAUCAUUACUUAUGGCAAAAUGCCUUACAGUGGUAAGACAGGCGCUCAGGUGAUCCAGUUGUUGAGUGAGAACUACAGACUCCCUCAACCAUCUAACUGCCCACUGCAGUUCUACAACAUCAUGUUGGAGUGCUGGAAUGCCACACCAGAGGACCGGCCAACAUUUGAGACGCUGCAUUGGAAACUGGAGGACUAUUUUGAAAUAGAGUCUUCUUCAUACGCAGAUGAAAAUAACUUCAUAAUGUGAACACUCUGAAACGAUAGCAAAUAAUGAAGGAAAAAUAAAAUGAAAUGAUCAUAUCCCAAACAUAACUGUACCCAAUAACAAUAUAAUCGGUUUUUCUGGACUCACUGGAGUGAUAGGGUGGCUUUGGUUGGGCAUUAUGGAACACAAAUUAGAUAAACAUUUUAUUGACUGGGUAAUGCUGCGGGAUAAUCUAAAAUGAUAUGUCAUUUUCUUACUGCCUGCAAAAUCAAACAAACAAACCAAAGUUAUUUUUUUCUUUUUAUAAAGAUGCUUAGAUUUCUAUUUAUUGUUGGAAAUGCCGAUCAAGAGAAUCAACAGAUGACAGUCAGUUUUUACUCAGUGAUUUGUAGCAUUAUCCUAUUUACUGAGUAGAGUGGUUAUUCAUCAUUCCUUGGAUUGUUGGCCCCCAUCAGGCUGGUAUUAUGAAGGAAUUUGAUUGCUUUGCUGCACAGCAGGACCUGUGCUUUGAGGGUCCCACCCCCCUUUUUCUUUAAGAUAUCCUGUGACUACAAUGAAGCUGAAGCCAUGUUAAAUGACUUAACUGUACUUGGAGUAAUUGCACAUAUUUUCCCUCCUUUGAAUAAAAAAGAGAAGCAGCUGUUGAGGAAAAGAAUUAAAAUCUCUCUCAUUAGUAGAAGGAAAUGAUGGAAUUUUUCUAUACCUCAGUAUGUGUCAUCUGAGAAUAAUCUACAUUAGUUUUAAUCUUUUAAUGUUAAGAAUCAGAUUGCAAAGCUGGUGAGUUAUUAUCUAUGAAAAUAUGUGAAAAACAUCUAAUAGCAUGUUAGGCUUGAGAAAUAGGUAUCAAAAUAGUUUAGGGAAAUUAAAGGAGAACAGUAGGAUUUUUAUGGCCCAGGUUUUCUGAUUUUUUUUUUUUAGUUGAGUCAAAUGCGCUUUGGCAUAAAAGUGAAAAAAUAAAAACCCAA